CCUCCUGAUAGGUCGCGCGCACCAGGAAGCGUCUUUCCUCCUCUCGCUUUCCACAUUCACAACCGACCGACGACCUCCAGACUCACCGGUGCGAUAUAUCCGUUCACCGCGUCACCAUCUGUCAUCUGCCGCUGUCUCCUUCACCCGCGAACAUCCCGAGAGCGUCCGCCUGCAGAUCUGCCAUUAUGGCCGCCUAUAAGCUGGUGCUGAUCCGCCACGGAGAGAGCGUCUGGAACCAGGAGAACAGGUUCUGCGGAUGGUUCGACGCCGAUCUGAGCGACACCGGAGAGGCGGAGGCCAAGAGAGGUGGACAGGCCCUGAAAGAUGCGGGUUAUGAGUUCGACAUCUGCUACACCUCUGUGCUGAAGCGAGCGAUCAGGACUCUGUGGCUGGUGCUGGACGGCAUUGAUCAGAUGUGGCUGCCGGUUCACCGCACCUGGCGUCUGAACGAGCGGCACUACGGCGGCCUGACGGGCCUCAAUAAAGCCGAAACUGCUGCCAAACACGGAGAGGCGCAGGUCAAGAUCUGGAGGCGCUCCUAUGACAUUCCUCCUCCACCCAUGGACCCUGAGCAUGACUUCUACACCGCCAUCAGCAAGGACCGGCGUUACGGGGACCUGACGGAGGAUCAGCUGCCCUCCUGCGAGAGCCUAAAGGACACCAUUGCUCGAGCACUGCCAUUCUGGAACGAGGAGAUCGUCCCGCAGAUCAAGGAGGGCAAGAGGGUCCUCAUCGCAGCCCAUGGGAACAGCCUGAGAGGAAUCGUCAAACACCUGGAGGGAAUGUCGGAGGAGGCGAUUAUGGAGCUCAAUCUGCCCACGGGGAUCCCCAUCCUGUAUGAGCUGGACAAGAACCUAAAGCCUGUGAAGCCCAUGCAGUUUCUGGGGGAUGAAGAGACCGUCCGCAAGGCCAUGGAGGCCGUCGCUGCGCAGGGAAAAGCCAAGAAGUAGGGCCGGAUUUCACAAAACCCUCCUCAGAAACACAAUCAGUGUUUUAACAUGAGCCAAACCAAUGACCAAACAUUUACAAAACACUCUUAAAGAGACAGUUCACGCAAAAAAUACAAUUCUGUCAUCAAUGUACUUGUUCAAAACCUAAGUUCCUUCUAUUGAACAGAAAAGAUGUUUUGAAAAAUGUUGGGGACCUGUAACCAUUGACUUCCAUAGUAUGUGUUUUUCCUAGUAUGGAAGUCAAUGGUUACAGCUUUUCAGCAUUCUUCAAAAUAUCUUCUUUUAAGAUCAAUAGAAGAAGCCUGAGUUUCUUCUAUUGAACACAAAAUAAGAUAUUUUGAAGAAUGUUGGAAACCUCCAACCAUCGACUUCCAUAUUUCUGUUUCCUACUAUGGAAAUCAAUGGUUACAGGUUUUCAGCAUUCUUCAAACUAUCUUUUUUAUGUUCAAUAAAAGAAGCCUGAGUUUCUUUUAUUGAACACAAAAGAAGAUAUUUUGAAGAAUGCUAAAAACCUGUAACCAUUAACUAGAAGAAAUAGAAUAGAAGAAAUGGAAGAAACUCAAACCACUUGAGUGUGUAAAUAGUGAGUAAAUUUUCAUUUUUGAGUGAACUAUCCCUUUAAUCGGGACCAUCCUAAUACAAUUCAAACCGCUUGAAGUGUGAGUGUGAAUGCGGCGAGCUGAAAUUAUGUUUAUAUUUAUUUUAGCUUUAUUUAGUCCCAGUAAUCCACCACUGCACAUUUCAGAAGAUGGCACUUGUGUUUGUCUGCGGUGGCGACUGUUGCCAGGCAACGACAUAUAUUAAUGAUCAAGUGGGCUGCUUUUUUCCCCCAUCUUCGGUGAUUCAUGUUUUUUUUGUGCUGCUUCUCCAUAACACCCACAGAGAUGAUCUGGAAAUAUCCCAUAAUUCUCCCACAUCUAGAGUCAAGAAGUGAGUUUUGCUUGGUGAUUGUGUAUUAGAAUGUUUUGUCACUGAUUAUGUGGUUACUGUCACUGUAUGUCGAAGUCCUGCUGUCGUUUGUGUGAUUAUAAUAAUGCAUUUUGAUCCUGCGGAUGUUCACUUUAAUAAGUCAAUAUUGAAUAUUGUGCCCCAGAAUAUAAAUGAACACUGUUUUUUGUUUGUUCCUUUAGUAUUUUUCGCUUGUAAGUUAUAUUGCUUGACUGAAAGACGAGAGUUGUGUGUUAUAAUGUGCAAUCCCUAAUAAAUAUUAUUGGCUAACGCGAGCA